AUGCUGACCUCGCCGUCCAUCACCAGAUAUCGUAGGAUCACGUGUCUAAACAUGUCGGCCUCGCCAGCAUCGAGUCCACUCAAUGGACACGCGUCUCCGGCACCCGAAACACCCGCGGCGAAUGGCACUGCUGGCCACCUGAGCGACAGCGACCUGUCGGACGUCGAGCCCACCACAUAUACAAACGCGGCGUCCUCUUCGGCAUCUGCGGCACCAGAAGAGUACGAUGACGACGACGAAGACGAUGAUCUACCUGUCGCGAAUGAUUUUGAAGACGAGCCAUCGGAGCCUAGCGACAACGAUGCCUCGGACGACGCCGACUUUGACGACGCACAAAGCGACGCUGAUGCCGACGCUGAUGCCGACGCGGAUCCCGACCUAGACGUCGCCGCCCUUGACCGCGAUGAAGAAAGCCCGGCCUCGAGUGACUCUGGUCAUGCGCCAAAACGGAAGGCAAGCGCAAUGCUUGCUGAGGAUGAAUAUAUGCGGAGCAACCCAGAACUUUACGGGUUGCGGCGUAGUUCACGGCCCGUACUGCGGCGUAAGAUUGUGUCGGAUGACGACGACUCAGACGACCAGCCCGUGGUUCGCCGGAAGCCGAAGCCGCGACGGCUGCUCGAGACAUCACGCCAAUCACCACACCACUUCCGACUUAUUCCUCCUUCUGAUGCCAAAGUAUCUGUCGGCAAAUACAACGAGAGCGAUUUUGAGGACGAUGACGAAGACGAUACGACACCUGUCCAGUGGGUACCCGAAGUGGAAGACAACUCUCCCUACAUCGAGAAGAUCGUCCGACACCGGGAAAAGGAAGGCGUCACCAUCACGCCCGACUCCAACCGCCAUGACUACGAAUACUACGUCAAGUGGCAAGGGAAGUCCCAUUUACACGACACGUGGGAGACAACUGCGUCUGUUGCCGGUUUCCGUGGCUUUCGUCGACUUGAGAACUAUUACCGUAAAAUUGUAGAGUUCGAGCUCGAUAUGCGCUUCGGUGGCGAUGACUACAGCCCGGAGCAAAGAGAACAAUGGCUGCUCGACCGUGAGCGCGAGGAACAAGCACACGAGGACUACACCAAAGUAGAGCGCGUUGUGGCCAAGCGCAAUGGCGAAGAGGGCGUCGAAUACUUUAUCAAGUGGAAGGGCCUCCAAUACGACGAAUGCACAUGGGAAGCUGCGGAAACUGUCAGCGAACAUGCUCAGGACAAGGUCGACCAGUUCUUGGAUCGCUCGUCUCGAUCCUGGACGUCCGACCGGACAGAGACUAGCCUCAACACACGCUCUCGCAUGACGAAGCUUGACACCCAGCCGUCCUACAUAAAGAACGGUGAGCUCCGCGAGUUCCAAAUGAAAGGUCUCAACUUCCUUGCCCUGAAUUGGACGCGAGGCAACAACGUCAUCCUCGCCGACGAGAUGGGUCUGGGCAAGACGGUACAGUCUGUAUCCUUCCUCAGCUGGCUACGCAACGACCGUGGACAAGAAGGGCCUUUCCUCGUCGUUGCGCCCCUCAGUGUCAUCCCUGCGUGGUGCGACACCUUCAACCAUUGGGCGCCCGAUCUGAACUACGUCGUUUACCUUGGCCCUGAAUCCGCGCGCAAUGUGAUCCGCGACUACGAACUGCUUGUCGAUGGCAACCCCAAGAAGCACAAGUUCAAUGUCCUCGUCACUUCGUACGACUUCAUUCUGCAGGACUGGGAGUUCCUUAAGAGCAUCAAGUGGCAGGUAUUGGCUGUCGACGAGGCGCACCGUCUCAAGAACCGUGAGUCGCAGCUCUACAGCCGCCUUGUCAGCUUCAACAUCCCAUGCCGCGUCCUCAUUACCGGUACGCCAAUACAGAAUAACUUGCACGAGCUCUCGGCCCUUCUUGAUUUCCUCAACCCUGGCAAGGUUGUCAUCGACGAUGACCUCGUCCAGCUUGGAAUGGCAGAUCAAAAGACAGAGGAAGAGAACGAUGACGAUGACAAGCGCCGCGAGACGCAAGAGAAGCUUACAAGCUUCCACGCAGCCAUCGCUCCCUUUAUUCUACGCCGGACCAAGGAAACAGUCGAGUCAGACCUGCCGCCCAAGACGGAAAAGAUCAUUCGUGUCGAGCUUUCGGAUGUUCAACUGGACUAUUACAAGAACAUUCUGACUCGCAACUACGCCGCCCUCAGCGACGCAAGUGGUGGCCAGAAGCAAUCGCUGCUGAACAUCAUGAUGGAGCUGAAGAAAGUCAGCAAUCAUCCUUACCUGUUUCCCGGCGUUGAAGAGAGCGUUCUCAAGGGCAGCGAGCGCCGAGAAGACCAAAUCAAGGGUCUCAUUGCCAGCAGUGGUAAGAUGAUGCUUCUUGACCAGCUUCUGACAAAGCUCAAGAAGGACAACCACCGUGUUCUCAUCUUCAGUCAGAUGGUGAAAAUGCUCGAUCUUCUAAGCGAUUAUCUCCGUGUCCGUGGCCACACGUUCCAACGUCUUGACGGCACUAUCCCCGCCGGUCCUCGCCGUAUGGCCAUCGACCAUUUCAAUGCCGAGGGCAGUGACGACUUCUGCUUCCUACUCUCCACCCGCGCUGGUGGUCUUGGCAUUAACCUCAUGACCGCCGACACGGUCAUCAUCUACGACUCCGACUGGAACCCUCAAGCCGAUUUGCAGGCCAUGGCGCGUGCGCAUCGUAUCGGCCAAAAGCGCCCGGUCAACGUCUACCGCCUCGUCGCAAAGCAAACCAUUGAGGAGGAAGUCAUCAAACGCGCCCGAAACAAGUUGUUCCUUGAGUACCUGACGAUUCAGGCCGGCGUUACGGACGAAGGCAAAGAAUUGCGGGAGCAGUUCAAGGAGAAGGGCUUGAAGAUAGACGAGGCCAAGACGGCCGAGGACAUCCAGUGGAUUCUCAAGAUGCGCUCGCAGAACUUGUUUGAGCAGUCUGGAAACCAAGAAAAGCUCGAGCAGCUGGAUAUCGACAGCAUCCUCGAGAACGCUGAGGUUACCAAGACCAAUGUCGACGACAAGCUGAAUCUGAGUUCCGGUGGCAUCGACUGGGAUAACUGGAUGCAAGUUACCGAUGUUAAGGUGGACGAGCUUGCCCUAGACUGGGACCAGAUUAUCCCUGCCGAUAAACUCGCUGUCAUCAAGUCGGAGGAAGAGAAGCGCCUACACGAGGAGUAUCUCAACAAGGCAAUGGAAGAGAACGCGCCGAGACGGGCGACCCUCAAGAAGAGGAACGCCGCGGCCGUCAACGACUCUGACCGGGCGGACCGCCUCGCCAAGAAGCGCCAGCGCGAAAAGCAGGAGCAGGAAGAGUACGAAGAACGACAAGCAGCUCUGCGCGAUCCCCGCCGUCCUCUCAACGAGAAGGAGACGCGAAACCUGAUUCGCGCCCUGUUCCGCUAUGGAUCCUUUGAGGACCGCGGCGAAGAGAUCAUUGCCGACGCGCGAUUGGGAGACCGUGACCGUGACUUUAUGCGAUCUGUCGUCGAGGACCUUGUUUCUAUGAGCCAGCAGGCUGUCGACGCCAACCUCGCGCGCAUCCGCGAAGAGCAAGAGAAGGCUGGCAAGGCGCUCGCAAGAAAGGACAAGAAAGCUGUUCUGAUCGAUUUCGGCGAGGUGAAAAAGAUCAAUGCCGAGACACUUGUUGAGCGCCCUCCUCAGCUUCGCCUUCUUCGCAAGGUGCUUGACGAGCAUGGCAACCCUCACUCCUUCCGGCUUCACGACGCCAGCAAAGCUGCUCACUACACUUGCGAGUGGGGCGCACGCGAAGACGGCAUGCUUCUCGUGGGCAUCGACCGCUACGGCUUCGGCGCAUGGACGCAGAUCCGCGACGACCCGGAACUGGACAUGGCCGACAAGUUCUUCCUCGAAGAACAUCGCGUGGAGAAGAAGGAAGAGCGCAAGAAGGGAGACGAAAAGAGCAUCUCGUCGCCCGGUGCUGUCCACCUUGUUCGCCGCUCGGAAUACCUGCUCUCUGUCUUGCUCGCCAAAUAUUCCGACGACGCUGCUGCGCAGAAGGCCGUUGAGAACCACCACCGAAGCAAGAAGACUGUCAACGGCCACCGCCGUGGUGACGAUCUCUCCCGCUCGCCGGUGCCUGCCAAGCGGUCCAGCAUGCUGAAGAACCGUGACCAGCGCGAUCGACCAAUCUCGAACAGCGACUACCUCAAUCUCCGCCCGCAGAAUAACACCAGCGGUGGCGGCGAGCGUCUGUUGACACCUCGGAGCGAUUUCAAGCGGAAACAUGAGCACGAUCAUAAUGAUCGUGACCGCAAGCAACGCCGAAUUAUCGACGGCGACCGCCGUGACAGCAACGGUGUAGGACCAAGCAGCCACAAGGACGGCCAGCCCAAGGAAAAGCGUAAGAAGCUUGACGCCGAGACCCUCGAGCAGCUCAAGGCGGCCCAGAGCAAGGCUGUGCUGCGGUUCGAAGAGCUCAUGAAGCUCGAUGACAGCAAGCUGGAUUACCGGGACGACGAGCAAGUUAUGUGGUCCCUUCUUAAGCCGGUACGCGACAACUUCAAGACAAUCAUGGAGACAACGCCGGAGCGGGUCGAGAAAGCCAAGGAGCGUGCUGCGAUUAUGGGCAAAGAGCUGCGACAGAUUGGCGACUGCGUGAUUGGCCUGAAAAAGAAUCAGGCCAUACCGGCCGCCACCCUCGACGCGCUCAUGCCCCGGUUUUGGGACUUUUUGUCGUCGAUCUGGCCUAUCAACGAGGUCGCGGUGUCCGGAAGCCAACUCUCCAAAAUGUACGAAGCGCUCCGGGCCAAAGAUGAGAAGGGAAGCGGCGGCGGCAGCACCAGCAACAAUGGCAGCAGCCGGGCCGACCGGCCUAGCCGCGAUGACCUUGAAGACGGCGAAAUUGAUAGUGAACGCGACAGUCACAGGGAUUCGCGGCGCGAUCACGAGCACCGAGACAGCCGAGACAGCCGGGAUAGCCAUGAGCACCACGACCGCGACCGCGACCGCGACCGGGAUCGAGAUCGAGACCGUGAGCGUGACCGCGACCGGGACAGAAACCGCGACCGCGAGCGUGAUCGAGGCGGCGACCGCGGAAGAGACCGCGAACGUGAGCGCGACCGCGAUGUCUUUCGCCGCAGCACUGGGCUCUUGGGCGACCUGCGUCGCGACGACCGCCACGGCAGCACCGAGUCGAGGUCGUCACCCUAUGCCGCCGAGACAGGCGACCGGCUGAGCUUCCGCAAGGACCCGCGCCGCGACUACCAGCCGCAGCGAGAAUGGGACAGGCUGCGGCCCACGCCCUGGCAGCAGCAGCAGCAGCAAUACACGGCUUCGCGGCCCAACCCGUACUAG